AUGAACUUCGGCUCAGACCCCCACUACUUGGCCUCUUCCUACAGGAAGAUCUUCGGGGAGCCGCUCCGCUACUCCUCCCGCCUGGGCAGUUCCAGCGCCAGCAGCAGCUACCGCUCGCAAUCGGCGUCGCGCAGCAGCCAUGCGGUCUCGUACCGGCUGGCGCAGGCGGAGAGCUUGGACCUCAACCAGGCAGCGGCGGUCAACGACGAGUUCCGCCUGACCCGCACCAGCGAGAAGGAGCAGCUGCAGGGCCUCAACGACCGCUUCGCCGGCUACAUCGAGAAGGUGCGGCAGCUGGAGCAGCACAACCGCGUCCUGGAGGCUGAGCUGGGCGCGCUGCGGCAGCGCCACGCCGAGCCCAACCGGCUGGCCGAGCUGUUCCAGGGCGAGCUGCGCGAGCUGCGGGCCCAGCUCGACGAGACCGAGGCCGCCCGAGCGCAGGCGGCGCUGGAGCGGGAGCGGCUGGCCGAGGAGGCGCAGCGCCUGAGGGCGCACUGCGAGGAGGAGGCCCGCGCCAGGGCCGAGGCGGAGCAGGCGCUGCGCGCGCAGCAGCGCGACGUGGAUGGCGCCACCCUGGCGCGCAUGGCGCUGGAGAAGAAGGUGGAGGCGCUGCUCGACGAGGUGGACUUCCUGCGCAAGGUCCACGCCGAGGAGCUGGCCGAGCUGAGCGCCUCGUUGCAGGCCCCGAGCUUGGCCGCCGCGGAGCCCGACGCCACCAAGGCCGACCUGACGGCGGCGCUCAAGGAGCUGCGCGCGCAGUACGAGGUGCUGGCCGCCAAGAACCUGCAGGCGGCCGAGGAGUGGUACCGCGCCAAGUUCGCCAAUCUCAGCGAGCAGGCGGCGCGGAGCACCGAGGCCAUCCGUGCCAGCCGCGAGGAGGUCGGCGAGUACCGCCGCCAGCUGCAAGCCCGCACCCUCGAGGUGGAGAGCCUGCGCGGCGCCAACGAGUCCCUCGAGCGGCAGCUGCACGAGAUGGAGGAGCGGCACAACGCCGAGGCGGCCGGCCUGCAGGACACAGUCUGUCAGCUAGAAAGCGAUCUAAGAGAAACAAAGAAUGAAAUGGCUCGGCAUCUGAGAGAAUACCAAGAUUUACUCAAUGUCAAGAUGGCCCUGGAUAUAGAGAUAGCAGCAUACAGGAAGCUGUUGGAGGGCGAGGAGACGCGUUUUAGUACUUCAAGCAUCAGCAUCUCAUCUCUGAAUCCCAUUUCCAAUCCCAUUUACUCUUUCCAACCUAGGCUCUUCAGUUCAUCUGUAGUCAGCAGCUCCAAAAUAUCCCCCACUCUCUCUUUUAAGAGAGAGGAGAAAGAAGAGGCUAAAUUGGCCUCAAAAAUCUCAUCAAGCCAAGUAGGGGAAGCUUUUGCUGAAAUGAUUGAGGAGACCAUAACAUCCACUAAGAAAACUGAACGAACAAACCUGGAAGAGGGGAGCAUUGCAAACCAAAAAAUGUAACCUUUGACCUUAAGUACAAUUAGCCUUUAAGGGGGAACAAUAUAGCUUAGACCUUUAAAUUGCCUAUACCUGAAUUAAGGUGCUUACCACCCUAUGUAUACGUAACAUUGUAAUGUUUCACCUCACUAGAAUAGUACAGUAGGAACAUCACAUUCAAUGUUGUCAGGAGGAAAGAAACCAAGAGGAGCUUAAAAUUUAACUUGGAAAAACUCUGUAGGAAAACUAGUUGUCCAACUGCUUAGACAGACCUCACAAUUUCUUAAAUUAAGCAGCAGGAAGUUAUAAAUAUGCAGCUAGGAUCAAAGGAUAAACUUACAUAUAUUUAGUCACUCUUAAUGUCUCAGGGUUUCUCCAUAUUUCUGACUUAUCCCUGAACUUACUAUCCAGUCUCAACAC